AUUGAUUUGGAGAGAGAGAAACCUAAUCUAGCAUAACACUUUACAACUACAUCUUGGGUUUCAGUGUUAGAGAGAGAAAAUAAAAGAGAGUGAGUAUAGGAACAAAAUGAGGAGAGUGGAGCGAGGAUUUGGCCAAUAAUUAAGCGAAUAUUACUAUCAUUUAUACUUGCUUUAGAUUUGCAUGGUUUUGAGUUUUUUAAAAUAUUAAUUAUUAUUUUGAUAUAUAUCAGACAAGAACUUGAUUUCAGAUAAAUCCGUGAGAUCUUUCAGAUUCUCUCUCUCUUCUCCACUGCUCAAUUGUUGCCUGGCCUUUUGGAUUUUUAGGUAAAUUUGAAUGACCCUUUUAGAUUUAUUUUUUUGUUUUUCAAUAAACGACCCUUCUAGAUUUUACUCUCAGAUACUCUUCCGAAUUAUAGGUUUUUAUUAGAUAUGGAACUAAAAUAAAUUUGAGUCUCAAUCUCUCUUUUAUAAUUAAAAGGGUAUCUGAAUUUUGCUUAAAAAUUUGAUUUUUCAAAAGGGUUUUGUAUUUUUGCUUCAGUGGUGGCAGCUAUGAAAGCCAUAAGGUCAUAGUUUGGUGUAUACACUUGUUUCUCUGUUUUUUUUUUUUUUUGCCCUUAUUUUUGUUUUCCAAUGGAAGAUGACACAAGAAUGGCUAAAGAGCAAGAAGAUAAUCAAUCAAGAAAUAAUUGUAUGAAUGGUAGAUCUUCUUCUAAGAAAUCAAAACAGAAGAAGGUUCCUCAGAGAGGACUUGGUGUUGCACAGCUUGAAAAAAUACUUGAAGAACAACACAUGAAAGAUGGUGUUGUGAAUUUACCUUCACAAAAUUCUAUAUCAUCUUCAUCAACAUCAAUAUCAUCACCAACUAUAUCCUCUUUUUUGCCUCUUCCAAUUAACAAUUUUAAUCACUCUACUUCAUCAUCAUCAACAUCAAUAUCCAAUUAUUUGCCUCUUCCAGUUAACAAUUUUAAUCCCAUGAACCAAAAUUCUUCAACAACCCUUUUGCCUUGUGUGCCAUCAUUAGGUGAGUUUAGAUCUUCAAUGUCACUUCAACAACAUAUGGAUGGUAAAGUUCCUAGUACUGUUUCAUUGAAUAAAAAUAAUGGUGUUUUUGAGGCUGGUAAUUGGUCUAAUGUUCCUGUUCCUAAGUUGUGGAACACUCAUCAUGAGUUGGAUUUUGAGAAGGAAAAUUUUGGAAUUGAAAAAGGGUUACCCUUUCUUCCAAGUUUGCCUUUUGAAUCUAAUCCCAUCUGGCCUGUGCCUAAUUGGGUUCAAAGAACACCACAAUUUCAUCAUCAACCUUCUCCACAAGUGGUGAAUAACUCAUCAGGAAAUUCAUCCACAUCUGUGCCUCAUUUGUCCACAGAGCCCCCUUCAAACCAAAAUUCUAGUAGCAAUAUGCUUGCGGCGAGGCCGACGGAGAAGAUGAUGACUGACGUGAAAAGGUCAUACCCUUUCUCCCUGGAAUUUUCACAAGCUCCUGCUUUGAAUUAUAUAAUGCCUCCCUAUGCUGAAAUAAGUACAAAUCCAAGAACUUCAUGUGAAAGUGAAAGUGGAUUUCAUUUUGAUGCUGCCAAUUCAACUUCAAGAGAAUCUCAAUCAUGUUCAGCAUCCAACUCUUAUCCAAACUCAAAGAAAAGAAAUAAAGGGAUUAAAGAUUUGGAUGGAAAUUUCCUCACUUUGGCUACUCCAUCUCCUAUUUCAUGUCCACCUUCACAGUUGAACUCUUCAAAGCCACUGGCAUUUAACAACCAAGAAUGCCCUGAAUUGGAAUCUCCUCAUCAGGUAAAGGAAAAGACAGAAGAUCAACACCCUACUCCACAAGGGUACAGAGUAUUCAAACAACAAAAGCAACCUUUGUACAGCUUCAUUCCAGCAGCAAAGGAGACACAAAUUGGACAAACAACAUCCAGAAUUCAGAAUGGUCAUGAAGUUGGAGAAAUUAUUGAUCUCAAUUUGAAGCUAUAAAUAUAUAUAUAUGGUCAAACUUUAAGUCCAGCUAUGAAACUUUGAUAUUAUUCAUCUUUGGUUUUUCAUUUUGCAAUUGAUACAUAUUCCUAAAUCUACACAUGGAGAGUUGAGUAUGAUAAACAUAACUAGAAAUCCUUUUAACAUGUGGGAAAAUAGAAGGACAAAUGUUGAUUUGUUUGUUUGAGUUGAUACUUGGUAAUGACUAUGAUGAGCCCAAACUCUAAUGGUGUGUCAUUGGGGCUAUGGUUUUUUUUUUGUUUGGUUAGUGUAUGUUUGAUAUUAAGUAGUUUUUGUAAAAUUGUGCACCUGCAAUAGUAACAAAUCUUCUGUGAUACUAAAUAUAUAUUUAUUUUGUUGUUGUA